AUGGAUAAUCACAAAGUGGAAAUAUCUUACAAACCCUUGAGGUCAAAUUUGGUUAACUUACCGUCCAACUUGAGUAAUUUAUUAUUCAAUGCAAAUGUAAAUAUUCAAGAUGUCAUAAUAGAGUUAGUUCUGUCAUCAGGAGCAAAACGUUAUACUGGAUGGUCUGGUAUGUCUUCGUCCAAAAUAAGGACUUUGGAAAUUGACCCUAUAUUUGCCCAAUCGUUGAAUUUAAGCGAUAAACACCAAGUUACAUUGAAUUUGAAAUUGAACAACUUUGAAACUACUCAAAUCAACUUGGAGCCAGUCACUUCUUCCGACUGGGAACUUGUUGAACUACAUGCACAAAUCUUGGAGGAUAAGUUAUUAUCGCAAUCACGCUGUGUUUCAAUGAAUCAGGUAUUGGUAGUCUAUCCCUCGCAAACAACAUCCGCCAAGUUAAUAGUCACGGAUAUUGGAACGAAGGAUCGUAAUUAUGCCAAGAUAUCUCCAAUGUGUGAAGUUUCAAUUGCUCCUAAGGUAAGAGUCAAGAAGUCAGAAUCGACUUCAGGUAAGUCUACAAAGUCUUCUAAGAGUAGUAGAGCUGAAGAUUAUUCAAAUUUACCAUCUGUGUUGAAAAGAGGUAUAUCAUUGCCACAUAAUAUAUUUUCUGACUUACCGUCACAUUCUAAUCCUGAUGGGUAUGAGAUUUAUGUUAACUUCAACGAGGUAAUUCACUCCUUAAAUAAAGCCGAAUACGUUGCAGUUUCAAUUGUUCCUGGUCCUAAUUCUAAACACAACAUUGUUGGCAGUGGUAAUCAAAGCCAGGAACAAAAUCAAAAUCAAAACGUUGCGAAAGAGAAUUCAAAGGAGAAAAUUUCCUCGCCAUUGAAGGAGAAUAAGCGAGUAAUUGCUAAGCUUGUUAAUUGUCCAAGGUGUCCCUCGAACACUGUGGGUCUCUCUACGAAAUUAGCUAUUGCUUUGAACGUAGAAUCUCAAGUUGGCUCUAUAGUUGUAUUGAAUCCGUCUGUCAAGAAUAUUUCUAAGAAACCAUCAAGUUUCGUUAUACAUCCUUAUGUUCUCCAAACUAAAAAGACUGAUCAGAUAAAUUUAAAUUCUACUGAGAAGAAGGAUGCAAAAACUAAGAUUUUGCAGGCAUUAACAACUUUAUUUUAUAAUGAGCAGUCAUCAAUCAAUAAUUCUCCAAUUACAAAUUACAUAAAACUUCCCAUUGUGCCUCAUUUAUUACCAAAUGGUGGUUUAUUAAAAUUUAAAAGGAAUGAUGAUGUUAAUGCCUGGAUUAAACCUUUUGCAUUAUCUGAAGACAAGAAACAAAUUAAAUUAGAAAUGGGGGAGGAAUUGAUAAGAAAUCAAUCUUUCAUUCAAGAAAUUGAAUCUGAAUCACAAGAAAAGGAUGAGGCAAUAGGUUUAGACAAAAUGAUUGAAGAGGCUGUGGAUUCCAUAACAAUCAACAAAAAUUCAGGAACAUUAAUAUAUGGAAAUUCAGGUAGUGGUAAGACAUUAAUGUUAGAUUUAAUUGCUAGCAAGAUUAAUUCAGAUUAUGGUUAUCAUACGAAAUAUAUUUCUUGUGAAAAAAUAAUGAACGAAAAUUUUAAUCUGUUGUCCAAUAACCAUGUUAUGAAAUGGAUUCAGGAAUGUUCGUGGCACAAGCCAUCUUUAUUGGUUUUGGACAAUUUAGAUAAGAUCUUACCAGCGGAAAUGGAGCAUGUUGACUCAACCAUUUCAAACCAACUAACUGAAUUUUUAAUUACACGAUUACAAAAAAUAUAUUCACAACAUAACAGUAACCUUUCAAUUUUAAUUUCGGCCACAUCGAAAGAAGCGUUAAAUAAACUUUUGUUUCAAUGCCACUUGCUCGAACAUUUCUAUCAUUUAAGUCCUCCUGACAAAAACACAAGAUUGGAUAUUAUCAAUGGUUACAUGACUGACAAAUUAGGUUGUGAAAUAAAAUUUGAUGUCAUGGAUAUGGUUUCUGAAACUGAAGGAUACUUGGCAAACGAUUUAAAGAUCUUGUGUGAUAGAAUUUAUCAUGAAUCAUUAUUUCACCACGCACAAAGUAAUAACCCACAUGAUUUGAAGAUAACCAAAGAAAAUUUUGAAAAGGCUUUGAAAGGUUAUGUCCCAUCUAAUUUGCGUGGUGUCAAGUUACAAAAGUCUUCGAUCAGUUGGUCUGAUAUUGGUGGAUUAAAAGAGGCUAAGAAUAUACUUCUUGAAACUUUAGAAUGGCCAACCAAAUACGCGCCAAUUUUUGCAAAUUGUCCGUUAAGAUUAAGAUCAGGUAUAUUGCUAUAUGGUUAUCCCGGUUGUGGAAAGACGUUACUCGCUAGUGCUAUUGCUGGUCAAUGUGGUUUGAAUUUCAUUUCUAUUAAGGGACCUGAAAUUUUGAAUAAGUAUAUCGGUGCUUCUGAACAAUCUGUUAGGGAGUUAUUCGAAAGAGCUCAAUCAGCAAAACCCUGCAUCUUGUUUUUCGAUGAAUUUGAUUCUAUUGCACCAAAGAGAGGGCAUGAUUCUACCGGUGUCACUGAUAGAGUUGUUAACCAAAUGUUAACUCAAAUGGAUGGUGCUGAAGGUUUGGAUGGUGUCUAUGUUUUGGCUGCGACAAGUAGACCUGAUUUAAUAGAUUCUGCUUUAUUAAGACCUGGUAGAUUAGAUAAGAGUGUUAUUUGUGAUAUGCCAAGUUUUGAAGAUAGAUUGGAUAUUCUAGAAAGUAUAACUACGAAAAUGGACUUAAUGGAGGAUGUGAAUUUAAAGGAAAUUGCUGAGAAGACAGCUGGAUUCAGUGGUGCAGAUAUGCAAGGUUUAGGAUAUAAUGCUUAUUUGAAAGCAGUUCACGUCAAGCUCUCAAACGAUGAACUUCAAGCAGUUAAAGGUGAAAAGCACAAUACAAAAGAUAAGACAUCCUUUGAUUUUUUCCAAGUCAAUUCAGAAAAAUUGAAGAAUGCUAAAUUAAGACCGGCUGAUAGGGUUAAGAUUUUACAGCAGAUCGAACAACUUUUCAAUGAAGAAGCUAUUUCCUCUUCGAAUAAAACUAAGCCAGAAACCACAGAUUCUGAAUCUCUGAAAGUUUUCAUCUCGCAGAAAGAUUUAUUAGAUUCCUUAAAGGAAACCAAACCAUCAAUUUCCGUUAGUGAAAAAACAAAACUCCAAAAAAUCUAUAACCAAUUUGUAUCCGGUAGAGAUGGUAAUAUGCCUGAUGGUACGCCUAGUAACGAAGUAGGUGGAAGAACUACCCUUAUGUAG